AUGAGUGGCCCAGACAACGGGGAUGCCACGGUACUUUGGUCUUCAUCACGUUCUACGUUUGAUCAUCGUUCGACUCCAGACAUUGCGCCACCUAAUAUACCCAAUUUAAUGAAUAGAAAUAUUCAAAAUUACCGUUCAAAUCGAUCAUUCACUCGACCAUACUCUGCCAAAACAGUAUUCUUUUACAAGGAAGGAGAUGUUUAUUUUGGAGGACUUCGAGUGCCAGUAUCAAAAGCGCGAUAUCGUACUAUUGAUUCAUUGUUGGAUGAUUUGAAUAGCAAUAUUUCGAUGCCAUUUGGUGUACGGCAUUUAACGACGCCACGUGGAAAAACGAUCAUCAAAAAUAUAGAUCAAUUACAGCAUCAUGGACGAUAUAUAGCAUCCUCUUUCAAAACUCCACGACCGUUGAAUCUAUCGAUGGUCGAAAAAAUACAGCGAAUUCGUCAAUCUAAUCGGAUACAUGCCCCUCUUAAUCAUCGCAAUAAUUGGUUUAACUAUCGGAAACAAAACAAAAAUGAACGCGCAAAAAUACCUCCGAAAUUAUCAGCACAUCUUGCAACCUCCAAACAGAUAUUUUUUGUAUUGAAUAGAAAACCUUCGAGAAUCUAUCGGGCGCUAUUGAAUCCUCUUCGUCAACAGACUAUCGAAUCACUGCUGAAGGAAGUUUCAGAAGGUUUACAGAUGGCAAUUUUCAAACUGUAUACUUAUUCUGGUAAGAGGAUAAUAAGUAUGGAUGAAAUUUUUUCAUUAAAUGAAGCUCGACUACUUGCUGUACCGAGAAAUGAACGACCGAUGUUUCGGGAAAGCAUAUUUCCAGUAGGUAUAGCGCCAUUACCAUCGAUUUCAAGGACACCAUCAAGUCUUGUAAGACAACCUACUAUCGCAAAGCAACCAAUCCAAUCAAUCUACCAGGAGAAAUCAAUUGAGCGACCUCAACGAGUUGUCAGUAAUAGUAAAAUGAUGCCGUUAAUUUCGAUGUCUCGUCUGAGUAGAAGAGAAAGCGACGGAUCAAAGAAUGCACCAUCGAUAAAUAAAAUGGAAAAAAAUUCGUUAGAAGCUUCACAACACCUUCCAGUCUUACCAUUCUCACAAAGGUCGUCGGAGACACCCGAGAAAGCUACAGUGCUUCAAAAUGCCGAAAGCUAUUCUGACGAAAACGACGAGCUUGCAGCAAAUGAUACUCAAACAAAAGAGCCAUCCGAAAGUAAACAAACAAAAACGGAAAAUGAACAGGAAACGGAAGAAGAAGAAAAGAGUGAAGAGGAAAGCAAAACAAGUAGAACAGGAAGUGAAAAAGAAGAGGCGAAGAAAGAAGAAUUAAUACAAAAUAGUGAGGAAACAAUUGUAGUUGAAGAACAUAAGACAGUGGAAGAACGAAAGGUAAGCACUGCGGAUACUGGACAUUCGGCAGUGAAAGAUGCUCCGGAACUGAUGCUUGCAAAAUCUAAUGAUCUAUCUGAUAACGAUGAAACAAUCAAUACAUCUGCGCCUGAAGCUGAUUUUUCGCUCAGUACAAAAGAAGAUGGUAUGACUUACGCUGUAUCGGUAAUUACUGGAAAUCGUUGGGCGGCUGAUACAGAUCUCGAUUUGUUCAUUAUUUUACAUGGUGAUUUAAAUACAAGCGAGAAGCACCUACUGCGACAAGACUAUAUAAAUUGGUUACAGACACAUGAACCAAAAUUUCAACAGAACAAAAUGGAUUCUUUUCACAUUGAAACAGCAAAACUUGGCUUACUUCAAAAAAUUGUCAUCGGACAUGAUCAUAUUGGUUACGGAAUUGGCAUAUACAUUGAACGUGUUCUGGUCACUGAAAAUGUUGCUGACGGACGACAAUAUCUUUUCCAAUGUGCCAAAUGGUUAGACAGUGGUCAAGUGGAUGGAAAAAUUGAACGGACAUUAAAAACAACGGCUUUUUGCUAUCUUACUACUAUCUUGCACGAUUCUAGACUUACAAGUGGUCGCUGGGAGUUUAUCUUGCAUUCCGGAAAAGAUGAUGGUAGCGGUGCGACUACAUCAAAUCUGAAUAUUGUGGGUUAUGGUAACCACGGUAGUUCGAUGAGAACAAAAAUUUAUGACAAUCGAAUGGCAAAGGUGCCAUCAGCAUCACUUGUGCAAGUGGAUUUCGGUGAAAUUGGUGAUCUACUAAAGGUGAGAAUUGAAAUUGAUGGAAAUGGUGAAAUGCCGGAUUAUUACUUGGAUUAUGUUGAACUCAAAGAUUUGGAUACCGAAGAACAAAUGGUAUCAUAUGUGAGAAAAUGGUUGAAGAUUGGCUGUGAUGAAAAAAAUGCGCAGCCAUUCAGAGAAUUUCCAGUAUUCCGAGCAGCUUUUGAACCACUGAAUGUAUUUUCCUACGAAGGGAAAAUUAAGCUAAGUUCACGUGAACAACGAUUUCUAGAAAAACCUGUUGCAUAUGUGAGGAUAUUUGGUGAAAUCGGUGAAACAGGUUGUUUUCCUGUUGAUUUCAGGUGUGCUUCGGAUUUGAAACAGGAAGUUUCCUUUAAAGCUGAAGCUGUUUCCGUUGGACGUAUACAAAGUACGCGAUUGUAUGUCAAAAUGAAUGAUAUUGGUAAAGAAAUAUAUGAAGGAAUGCAAAUGUUACAAGAUAUCUAUGAUCGACGACAUAUUGGAAAUAUUGCAAUAGCAAGUGAUUGGAUCGCUGAAAAAGUUACCGUACGUGAAUCACAUCAUGCACCAUAUCGUUACGUAAUGGCAUUGAAUCGCGUGAAAACUUCAGAAGAAGAGAAUGAUAAAGUGAAGGAGGAAAUGUAUGACGAUAUGGGAAAUGUUUUUGUGGAACUUCUAGUUUCCGAAAUGGAAGGACUUUCGACGAAAGCCAGUAAGAAAAAAGCUUUAUCAAGAAAGAAACCUCAAUGGAUUCUAUGGAUGACAAUUGGUGAAGGUAGUACUUUGAUGCCAAGAGUAGUACUUUGUACAGAAGAUAGAUGUGUAGAGAUGACGAUCGUUACUACUACUCCUACCGAUAUGGUUAUUAGUUUCGAGCAAAAAACAGCAGAUAUAUCAAUGAUAAUCAAAGUAAGAAUUGGUAUCGAUAAGUCGCAACGUCUCAAUUAUAAUCUACCAGAUAAUGUUAAACUUGGCGAUGAAAAUAUUAUCGAAAUACAAAAAAUGAAGCUUUAUGAUUCUGAAAAUGGUGAUGAACUUCGAUUUCCUGCUGUAAAUAUGAUCCUUACAUCGGAAUCAGUUUAUGAAUUCCCGGCUGUCUGGCCAGAUAUACCACCUAUUUCAAAUGUUGUUUAUAUAAUCACUGUAAAUUCUGGUGAAUCAAGAGCAAAUUUUGAUGUUUAUCUAUUAUUAAGUGGAACAAAGGGCGAUACAGGUUUACGAAAGCUAAUCAACGAUGAUAUUAAUCCAUUUCAACAAAAUAAAACGAGCACAUUUGAAGUAGAAGCUGUCUCUAUCGGUGAACUUCUGACUAUUGAAAUCACAAUAAAGAAUAAAAACAAUGUUCACGGAGGAAUUGAAAAAUCAAAAAGUAAGUGCUUCUCGAUUGACAGACGCCUUAUGAAAGUAAUGAUACAUACGCGUGUUUCUCUGCUCAUAAUUGUGCCAAUAGCUCAACAAUUAUUAUGA